AGGGUGUGGAUGAGAACUGGUCUGUGUUGACCUGUCAGACAGGUGUCUCAGUUUACCAGUUGUACGCGGGCGGAGAUAACGCGCUCAAUGCUCCCUGACUAGAGCUGCCGAACGUUAGCGAAAUGGAUUUUAAUAUUGUUUUAUGUUCGCUUGUUCUGCUUGGUGCUGUUGUACACAUCCAGGGCGAGACACAUUCCCUGUACUACAUGUACACAGUUUUGUCCAAACCUGUGAAUCUGCCGGGCAUCUAUGAAUUCACUGCUAUGGGUUUACUGGAUGACAGACAGAUUGAUUACUACAAUAACAAGGAACAGAAAAAGAUUCCUAAACAGCAGUGGAUGAGAGAGAAAAUGCCAGCGGAUUACUGGGAAAAAGGCACCCAAUCCAGAAAGAGCAAAGAGCAGUGGUUUAAUGUGAAUGUCAACAUUCUGAUGGAGCGAAUGAAACACAAUAAUUCCGUUCAUGUUCUUCAGUGGAGACAUGGUUGUGAAAUUAAAGAUGAAGGAACUGUAGUGACAUUUUCCAGAGGCAUCGAUCAGUACAGCUAUGAUGGCGACGACUUUCUUUCUUUCGACGAUAAGGUUUCACAGUGGGUUGCUCCAGUUGAUGCCGCUGUCGCCACCAAAGUGAAAUGGGAUAAUGUGCCCAUCCUAAACCAGUACACCAAGGGCUACCUGGAGAAAGAGUGUGUGGACUGGCUCAAUAAAUUCAGAGAAUAUGGACAAGAGCAACUUAAAAAAGUUUCUCCACCAGAGGUUCAUGUGUUCGCAAGAAGGUGUACCAGUGACAAAAACAAGCUGAAGCUCACCUGUCUGGCCACUGGCUUCUACCCUAAAGAUGUGACAUUUAUGAUUAGGAAGUAUCGCACAUCACUUGCUGAUAAUGAAACUGAAUCCUCAGGAGUCAGACCAAACCAUGAUGGAACGUACCAGCUGCGGAGGAGUGUAAACAUCAUGGAGAAUGAAAAAGCAGAUUAUGAUUGCUUUGUAACUCACAGUACCCUUAAACAACCAGAAAUCAAAAUAUGGGAUGGAAAAUGUUUUGACUGCAAUGAAGGGGGUGCUCUGGCUACUGGUGUGGGGAUUGGAGUUGUGAUCACAGCAGCUGCUGCAGCAGUCAUAGGCGUCUAUCUUUUUAAGAAAAGAAGAUUGGCAAACAACACACCGGACAGCACAGCUCAAGUUAAUGUUCAACUCUCGACUGCAGCCCCAAACAACAAUGCAGCUAAUAAUAGAGAAGCAGCAGCUUUAUUGCCUGACAAAUCUGCAAACAACGACGUAGCUAUCACACUGCCUAUUGAAGCCCCAGACAACAAUGCAGCUAAACCUGGAGAGAAUGCAGCUUUGCUGUCGGACAAAUCUGGUGAAAGAGCCAGUGCGGAUGGUGACUCUGGAAAAGGGACCUCGAGCGAAUCAGGUAACAGUUCGAACAGCUCUCAGGAGAAUAUGAAUAAACCUGUGUGAGACUCCAGUGCUAACAGACUGCUCAUAGAAGACGAAGCAGAAGCCAUAAAGAUGCAGAUUAAAUCCAACAGAUCAACAUGUGAAACAAAGAAAUAGCAUUAUGGACGAUUCAUAAUAAACAAUUUGGUAUUUGUCGACACUACUGAAAAUGAUCAUUUUUUAAAAUGCAGUUAAAUAAAUGUAAAUGUUUGACUUAUAGUUAACCAACAGGAAUGUAAUACAUAGUUUAAUAUAAUUUUAUUUCUAUUAACUGAAUCCUUUCUGUUCUUUUGCUCUGACGUUUUGAGUCGGUCAGAGCUUUCCUCUACAAUAUUAAGAAAAUUAGACCUUUCCUAUCCGAGCAUGCUAUGCAAGUCCAAGUCCAGGCUCUUGUUCUGUCCAGACUGGACUAUUGCAAUGCGCUACUGGCUGGACGCCCAGCUUGCACAACCAAACCUCUACAGAUGAUCCAGAAUGCAGCAGCAAGAGUGGUCUUCAAUGAACCGAAGAGAGCGCACGUCACUCUUCUCUUCAUUAAGUUACAUUGGCUCCCUACAGUCGUACAGUACAAUCAAAUUCAAGAUUCUGCUCCUGGCCUACAAGACCAUCACUGGUGCGGCACCCCCUUACCUUCACUCACUAAUGCAGACUUAUGUACCCGCCAGAUCCCUACGCUGUGCAAACGAACGAUGUCUUGUGGUGCCAUCCCAAAAAGGUACAAAAUCACUCUCACGCACCUUUUCUGGAUCUCUUGCACAUUUAUGGAAUGAUCUGCCCGCUGCUACAAGAUCAGCAGAUUCUGUGGCCAUCUUUAAGAAUCGGCUGAAAACACAUCUCUUCCGUCAACACCUGACCGAUUAGCUCGGAGUUCGGGAUCUCUUUUCUACUCUUUCUAUUAAAAAAAAAUCCUUAGCUUUGUAUACUUUGGUGGGCUAUAUGAGACCAGUUCUAUUACACUUAUGCCUUUUGUUGUCCUUAUGUUGUUCCAAUGACUUCCAUUGUUUACCUCAUUUGUAAAUCGCUUUUUAAUAAAAGUAAAUGACUAAAUGUAAAUGUUCUUUAUUGCAACUGAAUACUGUUUGGGAACUGCAUUUUAUUUGUAAGAAUACUCUUUCAUAGAAACCCAAACAUGUUUUGUUUGCCACUGUAUUUGGAGCGAACAUUAGUGCUUUAAGGUUUGUUUCAAAGCUUGUAUUUGAAAUGUAUUGUAAAAACUGCAUACAUGAUUUCUACCUCUGCUGAAAAAAGUAACAUUUUGGUUUUAAUGGAAACUAUAACACUAUAAUAGCUUAAUGUGAUGGUUAAUAUUUAUUGGAUGUUAUCUGGCAGGCAGGAACUAAAAGAACACCUUUCAGCAAUUUGUAGAUUACUUGCUGAAAGCAUCAAAUGCUACUGGAAAGGAUUGUAGGCUACUGUUUUGAUUAGUGCUGUGAAAAGAUGAUUAUUCACAAUUGUAUUCAAAAUUGAAACCUUUAGAUGAUGUAUUGUUUUUCUUUCAGCUGGGACGCAUAACUGUAUAUUGCUAAUGCUAUAGAGGUUUGAAAUAAAGAUGAAAUAAGAGUUUUAAACUGA